UCACUCAGGUUUAUUUUCGUCGUUUGGUUUGUAGUAGUUUUUUCAAUCAAAAUACUGUUUAGCCUUACAAAAUUCUUUGUAUCCUUGAACCAUAUUAUUUUUGUUAUAAAAUACACGAGUUUUGUGAUACUGGUAAUAUAAUAUUUUCGAUUAAUUCGCGUAGAUUCGUGUACCCAUUGGAACAAAAGUAUUGCGUUUCUGGGCCAGAGUCGAAAAUGUAUACACAUUGAACGGCCCAGUCGUAAAAAUUAGACGUAGAAAGAUAUGAGGCGGUCUAGUCGUUCGUAAAUAUGUCCCAGUACAGACGCGACAUCACGUACAGCGCAUUGAACAAUGAGGCAGUGCCCCCGCUGGCGGGCUGCGCGGAGCAGGCGGCCCCCACGCUCAUCACGCUGGACCAGGAGCACGAAGACACCACCAACGUUAUCAUCCACAAGGUGCCCCAGACCAAAGGAGCAUGGAAUCACAUAGAAGAUUUGGAUUCAUUCUUCACCAGAAUGUACCGAUACUAUGUACGGGGAGGUUUCUAUCCCAUGCUGCUAUCCGACUUGUUCUCUUUGCUGCAAUUCAUAUUUAUUGUAUGGUUCUCCACAUUUUUGGUGUACUGCGUAGACUAUCCGAGACUAUUCAGAAAUGAUCCAAAAGCAAAUAGAAGCGAAAAGUUAACUCUUGAUGAUGUAAUAUACUCGUCAUCUGUGUGUGUUGGAAACAUAUCCUGGUUAUGGUGGUGCCUAAUUGUCUUAUGUAUAAUAAUUUGGUGUAUGAAAUUUUUCAUAUCAUUGUAUAAUUUAUAUUAUGCAUAUGACACUAAGCUAUUUUACAAUAAUGCUUUAAGAAUUAGUGAGAACGAGCUGGCUUGGGUGAGCUGGUCCACAGUGCAGGAGCGUGUGCGAGAGGCUCAGCCCGAGCAUCACAUGUGUGUCCACAAGCAGGAAAUCAACGAUCUCGACAUAUACCACCGCAUACUCAGGUUCGACAACUACAUGGUGGCGAUGGUUAACAAGAGUCUGCUGCCGCUGCGGCUGCGGGCGCCCCUGCUCGGCGAGUUCCACUACCUGUCUCGCGGACUCAAGUGGAACCUCGAGUUCCUGCUCUUCUCGAGUCCCUGGUCUCCUUGGGAGAACUGUUGGCAGCUGCGCGAGUGCUUCAAGGACCAGUCGAAGAGGACAGUGCUGGCGCGCCAGCUCGAGCGACAGAUUCUCGCGCUGGCUCUAGUCAACUUGCUGCUGGCGCCACUCAUACUCGCCUGGCAGAUACUGUACUUUUUCUUCAAUUAUGCCGAGCUGAUAAAACGUUCGCCGGGCUCGCUCGGUCUGCGCACGUGGUCGCUGUACGCGCGCGUCUCACUGCGCCACUUCAACGAGCUGGAACACGAGUUGCGAGAGAGGCUCGCGCGCGCCAACAAGCCCGCCGCCAGGUACCUUCAGGCGUUCACGUCGCCUCUGUCGGCGGUGAUUGCGCGCAACGUUGCCUUCGUCGCCGGCAGCGUGCUGGGCGUGCUGGUGCUACUGUCCGUUUACGAUGAGGACGUGCUCACCGUGGAGCACGCGCUAACAAUGAUCACGGCGCUCGGUUGCGUGCUGGCGGGCGCGCGCGCGCUGACGGGCGAGGAGGGCGUGGCUACGGGGGCGGGCACGAGAGAGGAGCUGCUGGUGGCGGUGCUCGGCCACGUCCACUACCUGCCCGCCGCGUGGCGAGGCCGCGCCCACCAUCCCCACACCGCGGCGCACUUCCAACAGCUGUUCCACUUUAGAGCGCAGCAUAUCGCCCACGAGGUGGUGAGCCCGCUGCUGUGUCCGCUCGUUCUGCUGUCGUUGCGGUCGCGAGCGCUCGACGUCGUCGACUUCUACCGCAACUUCACCGUCUCGGUACUCGGCAUCGGCGAUGUCUGCUCUUUCGCUCAGCUGGACAUCAGAAGGCACGGGCAUCCGGAAUGGCAGGCGGUCGGCAAAAUGGGAGACAAAAUAAAAGCGGCGAACAGCCAAUACCUGCAGGGCGAGGGCGGUAAGACGGAGCUGUCGCUGGUGGCGUUCUCGUGCCGCCACCCCGCCUGGCAGCCCACCGAGCCAGCGCAGAGACACUUCCUCCGCUCGCUCAGACACAGCAUGUGCGCCGCGCUGCCGACCAAUGCGCUGAACAAGACGAUGCUGGGCUCGUACAUCCAGCAGAGUAUAUUCGGCACCAACACUCCACUGCCCGCCGUACUCUCCUUCUAUCAGCAGAAGACGCAGUUCCGUCUGCCCGACAUGGACGAGACGAGCGACGAGGAGGAGGGCGGGGCGCGCGGGCCGCUGGCGGGCGCGGGCAGCGUGCUGGCGGGCGCGGCCAGCGGAGCCCCCGCCACCGCCGACAGCGCGGAGCCCGACGAGGCGCGCGACAUGUCCGUCAGCACGCUGCACCUAUACGACCUCCACCUCUCACAGCAACAAGUAACGACCGCAACGACGUCCGAGUCGGUAGCGUGUUGUCGCAACAAGUGCAGCGAGCGCGACGAUCGAGGACGGUGGACGGAGCAGACGCCCCUGCUGCGCCCCUAACGCCGCCCCCGCCCGCCCCCCGAGUGGGUAUAGCCGCCACUGAUGUAUACUGUGUUACUCGAAGUGGUGUUAAAUAUUUCUUGUAAUGUACAGGUUCAGUGUGACUCAGUGGGACUCUCGAACGAAGGGUUCGGUACCAUUAUACAGCUAAAAUAGGCAAAAGAAUGUGUCUUUUGUAUGGGAGCCUCCCUCAAAAGACAGAAGAGGACGAAGAUAAAAACAUGCAGACGAACGUAACGUAAAAGGAUCGGAUGGAACCCUAAAAAUUAUAUGGCACGACUGUGAAUGACGUUGGUUAUAAUAUGACAGACGCGCCUGGCUCUUGCAUCAUCAGGGAGUCAGGUUCGAUUGUUAUAAAGUGAUCGCUAAAAUUCAAGACGAGAAAGGAUUUAAAUCACUUUGUUAUGUUAUUUAAAAUGCGCUAAUUUCUCUUCUCAAUACAUUCGAUUUCGACAUUUUAUGUUUUAAAAAAUAAAGACUGGACAAAACAAAAUAUAUAAACUUAUAUUAUGUUGUCGGUAUUUUGUAUCUAUUACUUAAACGAGUUACAAGACGUGAAAAAUGACCUUGAUAAACACUUUCUAAAUAUUAUGUCAACUGUUGCCAAUAGCAUAGCAAUAAUAAAUAUGGAAAGCGAUGAAAACGAUACAUUAUACUGUAUACAUAAUGAAUGUAAAUAACAUGCAAAUUCAUAAGUAUGUUAUAAAUACGAAAUUCACUUCAAAUAUACUCAAAUAUUAAUUAACACGAAUAUGUGUGGAAGUUUUGUUAAGGCAUAAGCACUUUGGUAUUUUGGCCAGAAUGACAUUAUAUGAGUUUCAGUAACAUAAUAUUAUAUAUUACUUUUUCUAUCUGAAUUUACUUUAGCAAUAUCUUAAAUUUAAAUCUUUGAUUUUAGCGCAUUUUAAACUACUUACAGUAUUUUUGUAUACAAGUAUACAUCGGUUGUAGCAAUCAAGUUUGUGAUAUGUACAUGGCACGAUACGAGCAUUUAAAUGUAUACACGAUUUCAUUGAAAUGUUUGACACCUGCCAUUUAUUUUUGUUAUAUUUUUGCUGUUUUGUAUACUUUUCAAUGAGAACGUAUAUAGAUUCCGGGCUCGUGAUCGUGCGCAAAGUAUCAAAUGGAUAAUCCACUGCUUGAUAUUUUUUACUCUACUAUAGCAUAAUAUAAUUAUAUAUUGAUAUUGACAUUAUACAUAUUAUAAUAAGUAAUAACGUUACCUCGAAACUUAUGACUGUAAAGGCGAAAUCGCACUAAAGCGACACAAAACGUCGCGACACUUCAUUUACAUAGAACUGACGCUUGAAAACUGCAGUUUCACGUUUGUAAAACGCCAGGGGGCCUAUUAUGAGCUCUUAAAUCCAUUCACUUUACGUCCUUAUAC